GCUCGGGCCGCGCCGGGCGCCGUGGCCGGCGGAGGGCUGGGCUUCCCCCCGCAGAACGUGGCCCGGGUGGUCGUGUGGGAGUGGCUGAACGAGCACGGCCGCUGGCGGCCCUACACGGCCACCGUGAGCCACCACAUCGAGAGCGCGCUCAAGGAGGACGCGCGCGGCUCCGUGGUGCUGGGCCAGGUGGACGCGCAGCUCGUGCCCUACAUCAUCGACCUGCAGUCCAUGCACCAGUUCCGGCAGGACACGGGCACCAUGCGCCCCGUGCGCCGCAACUUCUUCGAGCCGUCGUCGGCGCCGGGCAAGGGCAUCGUGUGGGAGUGGGAGGCGGACGGCGGCGCGUGGACGGCCUACGACAUGGACGUGUGCAUCACCAUCCAGAACGCCUACGAGAAGCGGCACCCGUGGCUCGACCUGUCCUCGCUGGGCUUCUGCUACCUCAUCAUCUUCGGCAGCAUGUCGCAGAUGAACCGGCAGACGCGCCGCCGCCGCCGCCUGCGCCGCCGGCUGGACCUGGCCUACCCGCUGACGGUGGGCGCCGUGCCGCGCUCGCAGUCCUGGCCGGUGGGCGCGGGCCCCGGCCGGCCGUGCUCGUGCGCGCAGUGCCUGCUGGUGGACUGCACGCGCGCCGCCUCCAACGCCGUGCUGGCCUCGCAGCGCCGCCGCGCGCCGCCGCCGCCCGCCGCCGCCGCCGCGCGCGCCCUGCGCCCCAGCGCCACCUUCGCGGGCGCCGCGCUCUGGGCCGCGCCCGCCGCCGCCAACGCCGCCGCAGCCGAGCCCGCGCCCGCCGCCACCGCCGGCCCCGCGCGCGCCCCCGACGCCGCGCCCGCCCCGGGACAGAACAACCUCAACCGGCCCGGGCCCCAGCGCGCCGCCGCCGGCUCGCGCGCCUCCAUCCCGCCCGGGGUCCCCGCGCUUCCCGUGAAGAACCUGAAUGGUACUGGACCUGUGCACCCGGCCCUAGCAGGCAUGACCGGGAUCCUGCUGUGCGCCGCGGGGCUGCCCGUGUGCCUGACCCGUGCCCCCAAACCCGUCCUGCACCCGCCACCCGUGAGCAAGAGCGACGUGAAGCCCGUGCCCGGCGUGCCCGGCGUGUGCCGCAAGACCAAAAAGAAGCACCUCAAGAAAAGUAAGAACCCCGAGGACGUGGUCAGAAGAUACAUGCAGAAGGUGAAAAACCCACCGGAUGAGGACUGCACCAUCUGCAUGGAGCGGCUGGUCACGGCAUCGGGCUACGAGGGCGUGCUGCGGCACAAGGGGGUGCGGCCGGAGCUCGUGGGCCGCCUGGGCCGCUGCGGCCACAUGUACCACCUGCUGUGCCUCGUGGCCAUGUACUCCAAUGGAAAUAAGGAUGGCAGCCUGCAAUGCCCCACCUGCAAGGCCAUCUAUGGGGAGAAGACGGGGACCCAGCCCCCCGGGAAGAUGGAGUUCCACCUCAUCCCGCACUCGCUGCCUGGCUUCGCGGACACGCAGACAAUCCGCAUCGUCUACGACAUCCCCACGGGCAUCCAAGGACCUGAGCACCCCAACCCGGGAAAGAAGUUCACCGCCAGAGGCUUCCCACGACACUGCUAUCUGCCUAACAAUGAGAAGGGCCGGAAGGUGCUGAGACUGCUGAUCACAGCCUGGGAGCGCAGGCUCAUCUUCACCAUCGGCACGUCCAGCACCACCGGAGAGUCAGACACCGUGGUGUGGAACGAGAUCCACCACAAGACCGAGUUCGGGUCCAACCUCACGGGCCACGGCUACCCGGAUGCCAGCUACCUGGACAACGUGCUGGCCGAGCUCACCGCCCAGGGCGUAUCCGAGGCUUCGGCCAAGGCCUGAGGCCCGGGCUGCUCACCUUCCCUCCCGCUUCGCCCCUGCAUCUCCAGCAGGUGUGCCCCGGCCACCCAGGUCCCGCACUGGGAGGAGCCUUCGAAAGCCGGAAUUGUUCAGGGGACCUGGCUGAUGGCAGUCGGGGUGAUGGCCACACACCAGGCCAGCUGGCUCCGACCUGAAGCUUCCAGAGAGGGCCAGAGAGAAAGAGAGAGAGAGAGAGAGGGCUGGAAACCACAGAAACAUCCCUACCAAAAAGACAGCAUCCAGCAUCCACCCCUCAUUCACAAACACGUGUCCUGUUGAACACAUGCACGCACACCCACGUGCCUCUACCUUCCCCCCUACACCAGGGGAGAAGAGAAAAGAACCCCCCCCAUGACACCCCAUGUGGUCCCACCUGUGUUCCUGGGGCAGCUGCCCACACUGAUUUGCUCUCCCGACUCAGGUGGGCACUGACAGGUCUAUGGACCCCUGAGGGACGGAGGAAGCCCUGUCACCCCUCGCCUCCUGUGUCAUCUCUGCUCCCCAGCAACUGGACACUGUGGGCCUGUGGGGCAAAACCCCCAGAUUAGCUUUACAUAGGUGGACUGGAGCCAGCAGAGAGGUUCUUGUUUUGUGCGUGUGUCGGUCUUUGUCCUUCUGGGACCCUGCCCCCACCCCGUUCCCCCCCCCCCCUCGUCUGAUCUGCCGGCCUUACAUCUAUCCCAGAUAAAGGCACUUUUCUUCAUCCCACCCCAUCUUGUCCACCAAACCACUCCCGACUCUGUGAAGGCUUCAGGACCAAGAGGAAGAGGCCUCCUCCAGGCCUGUACUAGGGAACAGGAGAGCUGACAGCAGAGAGUUAACUCCCCUCUCCUGGGGGGCGGGGAGUGGGCGGCUGACCGUCUCCAGCCAACCAGAGGCCUGUUGCCUAGGCAACUCACCAGCUCCGCCUCUGUUGAUUGGCUGCCCAGGUGGAAGUCAGCCAAGAUUUAAAGGGAAGCCAGCUGAUGGCUCUUUUGAAAACCUACCAGUCCCACUGUGGGCGGAGAAAUAAAUGGUCUUUCUCAUC